CCCACAGCAACACGGCUUCUCUUCCUCAGCUCAGCGACAGGGGCUUCCCCUCAGCCGCCGCCGCCGCCGCCGCCGCCGCCGCCGACGCCGCCGGCCGAGCCCCGCCGCGCCCGCGGCCCGCGGCCGCCAUGCAGUUUAUGUUGCUUUUUAGUCGUCAGGGAAAGCUACGACUGCAGAAAUGGUAUGUCCCAUUAUCAGACAAAGAGAAGAAAAAGAUCACAAGAGAACUUGUUCAAACCGUUUUAGCACGGAAACCUAAAAUGUGCAGCUUUCUUGAGUGGCGAGAUCUGAAGAUUGUUUACAAAAGAUAUGCCAGUCUGUAUUUUUGCUGUGCUAUUGAGGAUCAGGACAAUGAACUAAUUACCCUGGAAAUAAUUCAUCGUUAUGUGGAAUUACUUGACAAGUAUUUUGGCAGUGUGUGUGAACUUGAUAUCAUCUUUAAUUUUGAGAAGGCUUAUUUUAUUUUGGAUGAGUUUCUUUUGGGCGGAGAAGUUCAGGAAACAUCCAAGAAAAAUGUUCUUAAAGCAAUUGAGCAGGCCGAUCUACUGCAGGAGAAAACAGAGAAUAUAUAUCACAGCAAGAGUUUCAUUGUGUGUAAGAGAGCAUACUAGAAUACGAGCUGGAGUACUGACUUGCAUCAAAAUGUAGUAGGAUAUACAAAUUCAGUUUGUAACUAUAAUUUUGACAAGUUUGUUAUGUUUUAGCAUUACCUGAAAAGUUUGAUUACAUUAAAUCCCAAGAGAUAGUCCCAAUUAUUUCAUUUAUAUGUUCAUAGGGAAUUUUGCUCUGAGGCUUAUAUUUUUGUACAUAGAGAAUACUGAAAUAGGUUCAGAGUUCGUUGGCCAAAAAAGUAUUAAUACCAUUGAUAUUUUCAAAAAUAAAAUUCCCUCAUGAAAAUGAAGCAUUUAAGGGUUUGACUUAUUAUUCAUAUUAUUUUAGCUUGGUGCUUCAUUCCACAGUAUUCUAAGUGGAAGAAAGGCAAUUGUAUCUUUAAACUGUUUAGGAAUUAUCUAACGAUUAAAACCUGACUGGCUUUUUUCCUCAAAUGCCUUUGUAUUUAAUUGUUAUUAUAUAUAAGAUAUGUUACAUAUUUUAUGGAAAUAGUUUAUAUGACUUUGUAGCCUAACAUUUCAAAGUGCCAAGUUGAAUAAAUUUUAAAUUGAAGGUAUCUUAAAAGCACUCAUAUAAGCAAUUUUAAACUUAAAUUUGAGUUUCAAGCUUUUUGGCAGGGUAUAAUCCCUUUGAGAGUCUGAUGGGCCAUGGGCCUUCUGCUCAGGAAAAGUUCUUCCUAAUUUUGCUUCUUGUUUCAGGGAGUUUUUGGAGUCCCUAGAAAUUGAUCACUCUAGGGUCAGUUUAAAACCUCACCUCAGAUUACCUAGUGGAUGUGAGAAACAUCCUUUGAGAUAUGUUUAUAGGCAUAGACAUUUAAGAGAUCUAUUUGGAGAGUCCUUUAAAAUUUAUCUUGAGGGUUAUUUUAAAAGUAAUAUCCUUAGUCACAAAGGCAUAUUUGAACUUUUUUUUAAGCUAAAUGAACCUUUGAAAGCCUCCAUUGCUACUUAAAAUACCAAAUGAGCAACUGUUUUUCCACUUUUUCUUGGGAAAAAUUUUCCUUUAGGAUCUGUAAAAGAGUUCAUGGUCAUUUUAGGGUAUAAUGAUUUUCAUUAAGGGAUUAAAUUCCUUUGCUUUGUGUAAUAAAAUCCGGAUGAACUUGAACACUGGUGGGAGGAAGUAUUCUAACUGGAUUUUGAGUUAACUCAGUUUUGCCUGGAUGACUUAUUAGUAAAUACAGUGCUUUAGGAUUUUGUAGGAUAUAGGUCAUUAUUUCAGUUAUUAUUAUAUAUAGUAAAGUUAUAAAAGAUGAAUCUGAACUCCUGGGCAUUAUUUUAGAAGUUAAAUAUUCAGCCAUGAACCAAAAUUCUAAAAACCUAAUUUCUAAGUUUACGUAAGUUUUCUUUACUGUACACUAAACAUUCUGGAAAUCUGAUUGUGUCUAUAUCAGUCUGUAUACUGUGUGUAAGAAUAUAUGCAUUUCUUUUGUAGCCACGUCAUGAAUAUUUUAAUGUCCCUGUGUACUAAAUGACUACUCAUCGUGUAUGCAGAAUUUCACAGAGGAAAUAGAGGCUGAUAUGCUUAUGAAAGAAAAUAUCCUCAGCUUGGUGACUGAUUAUCUCGUAUAAUAAUAAUAAUAGAACAUGUCAGAGCCAAUACCUUUAUAAUGUAACAUUUUUCCUGUUCUCAUCCUCUUUUCUGUUUUAUUUUCAUUCUAUAUGUGAUCUUGAUACAGUUUUUCCUGCUUGCAACUCGUUUAAUUUCUUCUUUAAAAAAUAUGACCUGUGACCAUUUUGAGUAAUGUUUCAUCUUAAACUUGGGUGUUUAUGAAUUUAUGAAUCUUUGAUUACUCUUGUAAGAGGAUUAUCUAGCAGUCACUAAAAUGUUUACCAAAGAAAAUAUAGCUGAAAUGCUAGAUCAAGAUAAGCAGUGCCAUAAUAAGUAGUGUGGUUUGGUCUUCAAAUGUUGGUGGGAAAACUAUAUCUCGGGUGAUUAUAUAUACAGUUUAUAUGAGCAUAUGUUUUCUAAUGUAUCACAUAAAAGUAUUUGGAAAUAAUACAAAAGAAAGUAAAAUCUGUACUGUUACAUAGUAACAGGUACAACACGCAGUUUUUAAGUAAUUUGUUAUGCCACAUUUGUUAAAUCACAUUUGUGCUAUACAGUGAUAUCAAACAAUCCCUUUAAGAUCUAUCAGAAAGCUAUGUCAGAAAAAUCUCUCCUGUAGCAUUGUUCAGUAGUAAGCAACCCUUUCAAAGUAUUAAUAUGGAGUGUAUUUUAUAUAGUUAAAAUUCUAAUAUUGUUUAAGUACUAAUAUUUUACUAGUUAUGGUUUUAUAAUUAAGGCUCCAUUUAGAUAAUGAUUUGUUAAAUAUGGUUUUAUAUUUAUGAAUAUGAAAACCUUUACUAUUGAUCAUUUUUGUGUAUAUUUUUAAUAAAACAUGGAGCAUUUUAUUAUAAAGAGGAAAUUACCAAAUAAUUCAUUGUUUAUAUCUAGAGAGUUUAAAGCCUGAGUUAAGUAAGGUAUCACUAAACAAUAAAUUCAAAAGAUGCUCAGACUGAUUUGACACUGAAAGAAGACCUGUGAAAGUGUGUAUUAGGCAGGUAUGCAAAUUAGUUAUUUCUGUUCUUACCAUUCCCACUGUAUUACAUUUCGAAGCAUCUAGAUGGGCUAUUAAAUGAGAAAUUUAGCAGCAUUAUACAUUGAAAGCAUUGGGAAACAUAGAUUGGUCUUUCAUUUCCAUUUUUUUCCCUCUGUUCCUCCCCCAGCCCUACAACAUGUCAUUCAUCUGGUUUUAAUGCUGCAUAAAUAUGCAUUGUCUCAUGCCUGUUUGCUUUGAAUGCCGUGUGCUAGCUGUAACAAGAUGUUGCUUCUUUUGUUAUCUGUAUACAGCUUCUUGCUUUAAAGUAGUAGAUUCUGAAAGAGCUUUCUUUGCAUGUCUAAAAUAAAAGUAUUGCAUGUAC